AUGUCUUGCGCUCCCUCCGACUACGAAACGGCCCACGGCUCGCCCAAAGACGCGUCCCGCCCGGAACCCACCCCCGACUCCGCCAGCGACGUCACCUGCUGUGUUGCCGCCAGCACCCCCCACAAGCGCGUUGCGUUGCAUCUUCCCUCGUUGCGCGGGUCGAUUCUUCCCCCCAGCGCGUUCACCGUCACCAUCGAAAACCCGCGUCUACAAGCGUCGCAAAACUUUUGUCUGUUGUUGUGGCUCAUGAACGGCGGCGCCGCGUUGUCGUACGAGCUCUGCGUCGCGGAAGCGCCGUUCCGGCUGUUCAAGGACCGCGCACGAAAGUUUGCAAUCAGAUAUCAGAACUACCUCGACGUGUCGACGCCCACAGGCCACGGCGAGCACACGCUCACCGACGAUCACCCCGGCUACACUGUGUCUGUGUUUCCUCAAAUCUUGCAAUGCACCGCGCUCGACCGGUUCCGAAUGGAUACUCUUUUGCCCGCUUACGCGCGCCAGUUCCAACGGGUGUUUGAUUCCUACCAUGCUCGCUCGUUUCCUGCGAAAGCGCUGUAUCUGCGAGCUAACGUGUCGCGUCUGUUGCAAGGCUACGUGAACGACACACUCUACGACGUGGCUUGCAAAUGGACGAGCUGGGCCAAGAUUGUUGAUGAGCCUGCGAACGCCAACAUGUUUCAGUUGCUUCUGAGCGAGUUCUGGACGUCGUAUUUCGUCGUGCAAGUCGACGGUUCGCUGCCGCAAUUCGCACGUCGCGUGGACGGCGACGGCCAUCGCGUGGACGGCGACAGCGAUGGCUGCAGGCGAAACCGCCACAACUGCGCAAACUACAAGGACUCCCCCAUCGCAAGUUGUGCACGACCGGCCCUGCGCUACGGAGUCUGGGUCGACACAUCCAACGGGAUUCUGCUUUUUUGCAACUCACAGCUUGACUCGCGCACGCACGCGACUCCCACGUUGGGACUCGCUCUGGACCCCAAGGCCACCGAGUCUACGGUGCUCAAAUUGCUCUUGUUCGUCAAUCUGUGCAUAUUGGAGUGUUGCUCUUCAGAGCUCCGAUAG